AUGAUCUUAAUCCUCUCUAUAAACCCAUCAUUACCCGCAUCAGCAAUUGAUUACAUCGUCGGAGAUGAAAAUGGAUGGACGACUAAUCUUGAUUAUCAAACUUGGGCCGUCGGAAAACAUUUUCAAAUCGGAGAUAAUAUCAUUUUCAGAUACCCAUAUGGAAUCCACAACGUAUAUAGGGUUACGGCGCCGGGAUAUCAUUCGUGUGAAAUUCCGGCGAAUACUUCUGAAUCUAUGAGCAGUGGAAAUGACGUUAUUGCCCUUAACACAGAAGGAAGAAGAUGGUAUAUUUGUGGAAUUGGGGAUUAUUGUAAGAUGGGAAAUAUGAAACUUGCUAUUACGGUUUUUGAACCGGUGGUGCCUCCGAUGGCUUUGAUAGUUCCUAAUUUUAGUAACGGCGGCGGCGAUCAAGUUCCGGGCAGUAAGACAUCAUCUGUUUGGUAUGUUUCGCCGGCGCCGGCGGGGUUUUAUGUUUUCUUGAUUACGGCGAUGGUGGGUAUCAUGAUUGUGGUUUAG